GAAUAACUUUGUUAAUUUGUAUCUUUAUAAAAGUGUCCUUACCCCUGUUGAAAGUUUAAAAACUCUUCACAGCACGACAUUUGGAGACAUUCUGUGACAUUUCGAGACAUUGUGACAUUCAGAGACAUUUUGACAUUCUGAAAGAAUUGCUCUAAACUCUGCCAUCAUCAAAAGACUCGUGUAACUAACUCCUCGGUUCUGGCUACUUCUGUCAUCUCGAUAUGCCAUCCCUUAUCCGUUUCAAAGUCAUCCAUUGGUACCUUGUGCCCCUCAUUGCCCUAGUGGUUUGGUGGGGUAUGUUGAUUGCGCUUUUAUUAUGCUGGUCAAUCCAAGGACAUCCCAUCUAUGCGUUCAUGGGGAACACCCCUCAGAACCCAGUCUACAUUUCUGAUGUCGGUGCCACGAAUCUUCAACCCCUCUUCAUUUCUUGUGUUGGUUUCCAGGCAAUCUUCUUUGCUGGAACCCCUCUUUUGGAACAUUAUCUCCGGUCCUCCUACAAACUUCAACCAUAUGUCUCGACAAAGCAACCUCGAAUUGCCAUCCCAUCCAUCGUAUGUGCCGUCAUUGGCCAACUUGGGAUCCUCUUUGUCUCCAUCUUCAACACAAACGCCUUCCAUUCAGUCCAUAUGUCCAUGGUGGCUCUCUUUAUUGUGUUUAUCUUUUUCUCAUGUGCCUUCAAUUUUUUAAAUUCUUUUAUUUUUGGUUGGUACCCAAAAAGACUCAGUCCUGACCAUGAGCGCGUGAUUUUCGGUAAAUCUCGUUGGCAAAACCUUUACAUGGUUUCAUUUUUAAUGAAGUGCGUUUGGCUUAUGGUGGCGUUCAUCUGUGCAGUCUGUUUUGGUUGCUUCAUGGCAAAGGGUAAUGAAAGUAUGUCUGCUAGAUUCGAAUGGACUUUAUCCUUCUGGUAUGGAUUAUUAUUAUUGAUGUGGACUAUUGAUUUAUUCCCUUCAGCAAUUAAACAUUAUAAAAGAACUCAUCCAUUACAAUAUCCUCCAACCCCACCCUCGGAACUCAACCACUUGACCCGUGACGACCAGGCAACCAUUCUGACUUUCGGAUCCCCAACUUUCCAAACUUCUCCUUCAAAUAAUCUGAAAACUUUUCCACAACAACAAGAACAACAACAAAUGGCUGAAAGAAUCAAUACACCAGUACAUGAAGUGAAUAUUACAAGACCAAUUCCUGCUGCUGCCAGUGCUGGUUCAGGUUUUGUUGGCGGUCCUCACGUGGCCAAUUCCAAUUCCGGUCUGCCUCACGUGGCCGGCUCCGGAUCUGGACAUUCAGUGAAUGAUCGUAGUUCCACCAACACAGAGUACCCAGCACCAACAUUUAACCGGUACCUGAACCCCAACAGCAUUGUAUAA